AUUGUACCCUCACAUGAUGUAUCUUGGUUUUUAUUUUUGUCCCCAUUCCUCUGCCCUCCCUACAGGAAGAUUUUUAAGGAAGACAUUUUAUUACAAAGCAGGUGGAAGAAUUUUACCUUGUGAUAAAGGAAAAUCAUCUAAUUUAGACACACGUAACGGUGUUGUCACUAUUUUGGGGACUGUGAUUGCAAACUCCCACGCUAUACACAGCAUCAAGAAUGAAGCUGAGUGGAAGAAACCAGCAGGUGGCUCUACAGCCAUUUCCUCCUCUUGCAUCAGUAAUUGUCACUCUGGGUUUGAAACCCAAUCCAAUUAUGUCAAUCUUCUGCUGAAGAUCUUCCGACACUUUGGUGGCUCUCAAAGCCCCUGGAGCAUGGAGCCAGGGGCCUUGCUCUGCAGACUUCUCUCCUCAACCUUCUUGCAGCCAGUAGUGACUUCCGGAUUCCUUCCCGCGGGGCUCUGCACAUGCUGCCUGCGCUGCCAGGUGGGCGCCUCUCCGCUCAUCUCCUGUCCCCUCCCUCUCAGCAUUCAGAACUCAGCCGAGGCGUCACUUGGCCAGUACAGAGCCCUGACUCUGAGUCAUCCUUUUUCCCCUCCUUCCCCGUGCUGUGGCUGAACACAUCUGUGCGUCAGCUCCUGCUUUCUGAUGAUUUCACUGGUGACCCGUCUUCCCUACUGGACUUCUAACUUCGCAGGAAGACCCCAUAUUUAUUCUUCCUCCCCGUACCUGGCAUGUACAUCAUCGACGAUUUUCUACGCACUCAACAAAUACUUACCGAACACAUUGGCACCGAGCGAGAAAGGAAAACAGCACAAAAGACAAUGGUGGAAUCGCCUAUGGAAAGAAAGUCACAGAAGCGAGGUGAUUUAAGGAGGCACAUGGAUAAAAUAUGGAAGUUAGCGAAACAGUUCGAGCGGCUGACAGAGAAAGGCCUUUGGCGUGUCCUACUUCAACUCACAUCUACUGCCACGGACUGCAGCUUCCCCGGCUUGCAAACUCACCGAGGGAGCCAGCUCCUCCUGGGAAACAUCAAGACAGUAGCCAGGGUUCAGAACCCUGGGGAAUCCGACCGAGAUUUUUUAAAAAAAUUUCAUUUAGCAAAUAUGUUCUUAGUUGUCGUUUUUAUGGGCUGCCUUUAACAUGUUAGCAGCAGCAGGAACAGUCUGACGUGCUCAGAAAGGAUUCAGCCAUGAGGCAGAGUGAACUGUGGUGGCUACGAAGGGUUACAGCCUUGAUUUAUUUAUGCCAUCUAAGAUAUAUAUAGGGAACAUCAGCUUUCAAAACGGGAAUCAAAUUAGAUGAAGAACUGUUUUCAAGGGAAAAUUUGUUUGCACUGACACGAUAAUUCGAGAGCAUCAAUUUAAGUCUUUGUAUCCAGAAUUUACUGAGCUGUAGAAUCAAUAUACUAUAUAUCAUCUCUCAGGCUGUGUAUUAUAAAUAUUUCAUGGCUUUAAAUAUGUGCCAUGAAGAGGGCUGUGUUUUAGUAGCCAACUGAGUAAGGUUUUAAAGCAAUGAAUUGAAACUAUGUCCUUUUGGUUCAGCAUGUUUUCAUCAAGGGGCUUUAAAAAUACAUCACACAAUUUUAUACAUCACGAAGAAAACAUUAUCUUCAAGAUCAAAGCUCUUCUGGUGAUUUCCGAAUUGAGAAAUGGGAUGAGUCUUGGUCUUUAGUGCUUCCCUUUGUUAAAAAGAAAUCUGCCCCCACCCAAGUGCAUGUAGAAGUCCUCACUUUUUCCACACAUUUAUUUUGGCACCAGAUAAUAUUGCUCUGACAGUGAAUAAAGACUGAAAAGGCGUUUUACUAUAGAAAUGGCCUUGAAAUCAAAUGAAUAAACAAAUAACAUUUAACAAACAUUGUGUGCAACGUAAUGAGCUAUUUAAUACCCCGUUUGAGAUGCCACAUAGGGGUUGCUGGUGUCCUCCCAGCACUCAGGGAGGUUGAGGCAGGUGGAUUUCAAGUUUGAGCUUAGC